GUCUCUAUCUGAGGCAGGCGGGGUAUCAGAUGACAGACACGUCAAGAGUGUAGAGCGGAGCACUCGUGUGGAUUCCCAUCCACACUCCAUUCACGGCGCUGGCGAGAUUUUAAUCAAGCGUGAGCUAACCCUCGCAAGCGAAGCUAGCAUGAAAUCUCUCCGUCCUGACCAAGAUCAAAUGGAGCUACUCAAUCAGGGGGUGCCAUUAUUACCUCCGCCAUGCAAUUUCCACUAUCAAUAAUUUAAUCUCUUUGCGGCAUAAACCGAAAAAGGGGGCCGGGGGACGCAAGACAGAUUUGGACCAGACGGUGGGGGCUUUUUUUUUUUUUUUAAUUUUUAAUUUUAAAAGAAAAUUAAUCUCUCCAUCCCCAAAGCCAACACGCCGGAGCACAUUUGGGUGGGUGUUACAUCAAGACAUCUCUCAUGUGGCGCUCUUGGUGCUGACUUUUGCAAGUAGGCGUUUAAAAAAACAACCCAACAACGCAAAAGUUCCACCAAGUGAAAAGAGUGAUGACCAUCCUUUUCCUUACUAUGGUUAUUUCAUACUUCAGUUGCAUGAAAGCUGCCCCAAUGAAAGAAGUUAGCAUCAGAGGACAAGGCAGCUUGGCAUAUCCCGGUCUUCGGACACAGGGAACUCUGGAGAAUCUAGGUGGGUCCAAUGAUGCCUCAAGAGGAUUGACGUCUUUGGCAGACACUUUUGAACAUGUCAUAGAGGAGCUUCUGGAUGAGCAACAGGUUAUCCAGCCCAGCAAGGAGAAUAAGGAUGCAGACUUGUACUCAUCUCGGGUUAUGCUAAGCAGUCAAGUGCCUUUGGAGCCUCCACUGCUCUUUCUGCUUGAGGAGUAUAAAAAUUACUUGGAUGCUGCAAACAUGUCCAUGAGGGUCCGGCGUCACUCUGACCCUGCUCGCCGUGGAGAGUUGAGUGUGUGUGACAGUACUAGUGAGUGGGUCACAGCAGCUGAGAAAAAGACUGCGGUGGACAUGUCAGGGGCAACAGUUACAGUCUUGGAAAAAGUCCCAGUACCCAAAGGCCAACUGAAGCAAUAUUUUUAUGAGACCAAAUGCAACUCGAAGGGUUAUACAAAAGAGGGCUGCAGGGGCAUAGACAAGAGGUACUGGAAUUCCCAGUGCCGAACUACCCAGUCCUACGUGCGAGCUCUUACCAUGGAUAACAAAAAGAGAGUUGGAUGGCGGUUUAUAAGAAUAGACACUUCCUGUGUUUGUACACUGACCAUAAAAAGGGGAAGAUAGUGGAUUCAUGUUGUAUAGAUUAUAUUGAGACAAAAUUUAUCUAUUUGUAUAUAUACAUAACAGGGUAAAUUAUUCAGUAAGAAAGAAAAUAAUUUUAUGGACUGCAUGUAUAAAUGAAGUUUAUACAGUACAGUGGUUCCACAAUCUAUUUAUUGAACAUAUCCAUGACCUAAAGGGGAACAAAGGAGUAAAAAAAGAGAUCCAUUUGCGCACAACUUUGAGAGAGAGAAAAAUUUGCAUUACAUUCCUCUAACAUUGUGGUUUGUUGCCGUUGCCAAGAAUUGAAAACAUUUUUUUUUAAGUAAAAAAAAUAAAAUUGCAUGCUGCUUCAAUUGUGAAUUGAUGAUAAACUGUCCUCUUUCAGAAAAAAAAAUUGAACCAAAACAUUCCGUUUACAUUUUAGACAGUAUCUUUAUUCCUGUUAGUAGUAUAUCUGUUUACUGCUUUUAAAUUCUUCUGGUAGCGUUGGAAUUAAAACAAUGUCAAGGUGCUGUUGUCAUAGCUUUACUGUUGAUUUUUUUUUUUUUUAAUUUCAAAUUUCCCACAUGGUUUUAAAAGAGGGGAGAACUCCCUGUCAUCACCAUAUAUGUUCUGGAUAAAACAAAUUUGGGUUUUUUGUAUGUUGUGAAGGUGUUUGCAAUAUCAAAUCAGACUUAUGAAAAAAAUAAUAAAAAAGAGGCAACUGAAAAAGA